AUGAGCGCCAACCACCGCCAACUCGCUCCCAGGGCACAAUCAACACUCUACCGCCUCCCCGGCCAUCUAAACAUCCAAGCCUUACCACUCCCAGCCCAUCCAAUCUACUACCUCGGUCUCCCCGUCCCUCAAUUCGCAACCCUCACCCAAUCCAACGCCUGGAUCAACCAUCCCAUCCUCCACCCCAGUUUCGGUCCCCACCCCCUCCCCGACUACCACCCAGCUGUUCCCUACCCAGCCCCACCUGGCAUGCAAUGGCUAGGCUAUAUUGCUCCCUCCGCCGGCCGUCAUAUCCCGAUAGAUAACCCCGCACACUAUAUAAAUCCAUACGAUAUCAACGGACCGCGUGGAUUUCCUCCCCAUCUUCCUCCAGCACGUUUUCCUCCUCUCCUCCCUCCCCAGCUCACCCACCAACAACCAGCCAGCCAUCUAGCUCCAGCUUUCCGCCCCCAUCAUCCUCCUCCACACGCUUCUCGCUUCGCGCCCCCUUCUCCUAUCGGUUAUCUUGGCGGUGGACUCCCAGGCCUCCAAAACAGUCUUCUGAAUAGCGGCCAUGGUCUAAAUGGCCCUCCUAUUGCCAAUCCAAUAGCUAAUUUGGCUGUAAUGGACUACCAUGAUGAGAAUCAUCUGGUGGCGAUGGAGAAUCAGCAAAUCCUGGGACAGAUUGAGAUUCCGGAUCGAUCAGAGAGGAUGGAUGGGUUUUGUGAGGGGACGAGGGGAGAAGUGGAGAGGUUGAGACCUAUUUGGGAGAGGGAGAGAGCCAGUGGUGCGGCUUUGAGUGGUUUGGGUCCUAUUGGCGCGGUUACUGGUGGUAAUGGGGGGGAAAUAGGUGCUGGGGAGGUUGGAGAUGGUGGAGAGGAGGAUGUGGAUAUUGAGGGGAGUGAAGAGGAUAGUUUGAGUGAUAGCGAUAUGGAUUACGAAGGAUAA